AGUAUCUCCCACCCAUGGGUGAAGUGUUUUAGGAGGAAAGACGCACAGCAGUGUUUCUGAGAGAGAAACAAGAGUGACUGGUACCUCAUAAGUUGCUCUACAUUGUGUGUGAACCCAAAGUACUUGGCCUUUUUUCUUACAAACAGACUGUCUCACUAAUACGAGAGGACAGAAAAUUUCCUCUCAGUGUCUGAAGGAGGGAGUUUGAUAGUGUCUCGAUAAUUUAAUAUACUUACAUACAUAUGCAUGAAGUUUUAGUCGUUUUAGUAAAUAAGGCAGUGAAAGAAAAUUAGCAGAGACAUUCUGUGGUUGAAGUCUCACGAGUGAUCAACGUCAAUCAAAAGCUUCCCUUUUCCGAAGCUACACGUGAAAAGUUAUUGGCUUGAAAAAAAAUUGCUCCAUCAAACACCAUUUUCGCCUAGACACCCAUUGUGUGAUUGUGAAGAAUUUGUCAAUCAUCUUGAGUAUCAAGAAAAUGUUGGGGUACAAUUACAUGCACUGCCUUGAAUUUCAAGCUCGUAUUCAUCGAUUGCAGGAGCGGCAAAAUAGAAGAAAUAACGUUAAUGUUGAAGGAGCAACACACAAACAAGUGGUGGAUUUAAUCAAAUCGGGUGGAGACUGUCUCACACUCACAGUAAUUUCUGUGACACAGCAAGAGGCUGAAAGGCUGGAACCACAGGAGGAUCCUGGUGGAUAUUCAUACAUAGACUACUCAGAAAAGCGCUCUCUGCCCAUCAGUAUCCCUGACUACAACGUUGUAACACGCAAUGGGGAGCGUUUUGUUGUGUUCAACAUUCACAUGGCUGGACGGCAGUUGUGCUCACGCCGCUACCGGGAAUUUUCGAAUUUGCACACAUCCCUCAAGAAGGAAUUCACAGGCUUCAACUUCCCCAAAUUACCCAGCAAGUGGCCCUUUCAACUCAGUGAGCAACAACUCGAUGCCCGAAGACGUGGCUUAGAGCAAUACCUUGAGAAGGUGUGUGCUGUUCGUGUGAUUGCUGAGAGCGAGGCUGUUCAGGAAUUUCUCACAGACAAUGAGGAUGAUUUGUCGGCAUCUCCAGUUGAUAUCAAAGUCAUGCUGCCAGAUCACGAGGUUGUCACGGUUUCCGUGAGAAAAUCCGCAAAUGCACAGACUGUUUGGGAUAUUUUGGUGCAACGAGCUCACUUUACAUCAUAUAUUCAGCAGUAUUUUUAUCUCUUUGAAAUUGUCGAGUACAAUUUUGAACGAAAACUGCAACCACACGAAAUUCCACAUCAGCUUUAUGUACAAAACUACAGUACAGCCUCUAGUACGUGUCUCUGCGUUCGUAGGUGGCUCUUCUCCAUUAAUCGUGAACUCACACUACCGGCUGGCGAGAAAGCCACCAAUUUUAUCUUCUAUCAGGCCGUGGACGAAGUUAAUCGUGGCAAUAUCCGUGCUAAUGGACGACUUUAUGAGCUAAAAGCUCUUCAGGAUUCCAAAAGGGCGCCUGAGUAUUUGGCUUUAGCAAGAACACUUCCAGGAUACGGAGACGUUGUCUUUCCCCAUUGUGCUUGCGAUAGUCGCAAAGAUGGGCAUGUUGUGCCAUCCGUUGGCAUGAAGAGCUUCCGCCUCCAUGCAUGUCGCGAGGAUGGUUCUCUUGAGACCCAAACGGUGGAACUCACAUGGGACACAAUCACUCGCUGGGAGAGUGACGAGGAAUCAAUGGCAUUUUGCUUUCAGUACACUCGCAACGAUAAGCCACUGCGAUGGGUCAAAGUAUUCACGCCAUAUCAUGCCUUCCUGGCGGAUUGUUUUGAUCGAAUAAUGGAGGAAAGAAAAUGGGAUGACACGGGUGAUUAGCAAUAAUGACAAAAAUAGAGAAAUUCGAGACUCUUAGCCUACAAAAAAAGCUCACACACACGCAGUUUCAUUGAUGAAUGGUUAAGAAAAAAGUCCUGCUAGAGAAAAACUACAUGUAGCAAUUACAUUAAAAAAAAAAUAACAAAUGAUAAAAUGCAUUACAAGCAUACCUGCAAAUUUGUGUGAAAAUUUCUUAUCUAAUUCCUUUUUAUUCUCAAAGAAAAAAAAUGAAAGAUUGUCUAGGAGAAAUCACGAUCCCACAGCUCCUUCAUUUGACGAAUAAAAUGCAUUUAUAACAUUCUAAACAAAAAAAAAGAAACAAAAACAAAUUUUGAACGGUUUUCGUAAGUUCUUGUCACAAAAAUUCUAGAGGCAAUAAAUUCCGAAGAAGCAACAUCUUCAUUAACAUACUACACCUAACACUUCAGAAUAAAAUCUAUGUAUAUGAAUUUUUAUUCAUACUUAUAAUAUAUUUUUUUAUUAUUGUAUGUAUAUGAAAAAAAAUAAGAAGAUACUUUGUACACACACUUUAACUUUGUUGUUGAUUGCAAAAAAAAAAGCUCUAACUCUAUCUACGUUGACGAGACAAAAAGAAAGAUAAUGAAAAAUUGUUGCAUCCUACAUUCUAUCGAGAACUAUUAUUGAAUUUGUGAUUUAUAUAGGUAUAUAUAAAAAGAAAUUAUAAAAUGUGUAUGAAAAUAAAGUAAAGUGUUAAAGAAAGCAACCAAUUUACCUUGUUAGGGUAUAAAAUAAAACAUAUUCUGUAAUUGUGUCCAUAAAUAUAAUUCUCAAUAUAAGAUCUUAUUUUCUAAAGAAAAUCCUUCGCUAUAUUUCCCAUCUCUGCCCUACCUAUACAUAUAUUAUAAAUGUCUCUAACAUUUUAUUAUUCUUUUUAGGAAAAAAAAGAGAGAAAAAAUAGCAUUCCAACUUUGUCUCUGAAAAUAUAUUAAUUCUUCUUUAUGUGUGCUAUUCUGUUCUUUUAUUCUCACAAUUUAAUCAUAAACUCUGAUAUCACAUAUAAAAAUAUAUAUAUUAUAUUUUACUCUACGAAAGACGAAUAUUGAAAAAAAAAAUCAAUCAUAGAAGUAAAGAUGCACCUGUGUAGUAAAUUGUAGAGAAAAGAAAUUGUAGAUAAAAGCACCAAUUCACAAGAAAAUGUAGUGAUUUGAGUCUAAAACCGUGUAUUCUCUUUAAAAGAAAAAAAAUACUCUUUAACAAAAUGAAUAUUUUUUAUGGAGGUCGGACAUAAUUUUACAUUCCAACGUGAUAUAUGUGUAAAAAAAAAAAGAAGAUGAAGUACACUCGAAAGGAUUCCCCUUUUUCCCUCCAAAUUGAAUCAUUCGUAAAGAAAUUAAAUCUACACAGAGAAGGGAAACCUUUUUAGAUGAAGAAAAAAUGGUAUUCAGUGAUGUAUAAUUUAAUAGUGAAGAAAAUCUUAUGUGUAAGAGACAUAGAUCUUUAUAUUUAAUUUGUUUUCGUGUAAACUUUGCAAAGAUGAGAGAAUUUAAAUUUGUCUUGUAGCAAAAUAACACUAGGAUUAAUGAAAACUUAAUGUAUUCAUGAGAUAUACAGAAUUAUAAUAAUAAAAAAGUAUAGCAUUGCAA